UUGUGUAUGUUACAGUUAUUAGACUUAUUUGACAGUGAAGAUCCUCAGGAGCGUCAUUUCCUCAAGACUGUCCUGUAUCACAUCUAUGAGAAAUUCCCAAGGCUACGUGCUUUCAUACGCAAACAAAUAAGUAACAUCUUCCUUGGGUUAGUAGAAUUUCCCAUUGUAAUUAAUUAUAGGCUAAGAGGAUAAUGGAAAAAUACACUCAUUAUCUGAUUUUGCAUAAUUUGCGUGUUUAGCUAUAUAUAUAUGUAGCAGCAGUAUAACAUAAAUUAAUUGAAUUCAUGCUAACUGUGUAACCUGAGUGAGAAGAGGCAUUGGAUUUUGAAAGAUUUUUUAAUUGUUUUAUUUUAUAUAUAUAUAUAAUUGUGCUGUAUUAAUUAAUGCUUCAGCAUUGUUGACAUGUGUUUAAACUCUUUGCAUCUGAUAAAAUAGAAUUUCUAAUUUUUAGGUUUGUAUAUGAGUCAGAGGAUUUUAAUGGUGUUGCCGAAUUACUGGAAAUAAUAGGAAGGUGAGUCAGACUUUUUAACUGUAAUCAAAAGUUAUUUACUGGAACACCCAAUUUAUAAUUUGCAUGAGUUACACUUAGAAGGACAGUUAAACAAAUAAGAUUCUCCUUGAUAAAUAGAUUUAAGUGUAAAUAAAAUGACUAUUAAUUACAUGAAGUUUUUAAUAUGAUUCAGCCUAUAAAGGGAUUGGAAGUCUUAAGAGAGAUUGCACUCCAAAUGAUUUAAUCAUUAUCUAAAUUGAAUUUUAUAUUUUGUGGAUUAUUUUGAUAUAACAGGUUUUAAGUUGAAGAAUAUGAGGGUGGUAUUUAAGACUUAUAUAGUAAGAUGACCUUGUUUUUUAUAAUGGAACGUAGUCGUAAAUUUGAUUGUACUUAAUAUAUUAUAAUUAUUCCCAGUGUGUUAUUUUAAUUGUAAUUGAACAUUAUGUUAUGUGAGAUAUGAUGAAGUUCAAUCGAUUCGGCAGGAGGCCAAUUAGACUGGAAAAGUUGAAUAUGUAUGUGAUUUGUUUGAGAGAUGCAAUCAGUAAGUGUGAGAGAUACGGUUCAUUAUGAAGAAAAAGGAGCACAGAUUUUAUUUGACAGCGGUGUCAGUCCGAAGAAAGUGAUGUUUGGAAGGCAAGGGGACAAGCUACCACGCUUUGUCAUAUGACCUAAUGUAACUGUAACCCCUGAUUAUCAGUUCAACUAAAAGAUUUAGAAAAGCCAUACUGUUGACAUGAAUUACUUUAUUAAUGCUCCAUUAAACUAGACUGGCUUAGUUCUAGAUUUACAUUGACCUAAACACCAGCAUGUAUUUUAUUAGAUUAUUUCAUUUAUUAUCUUAUUAUCUGUCCAUCUCCAUACUUGACUCAUACACUGUCUAAGGUUAUCCAUUUUGCAUGGGGUGUUCUGCAUUAUCAGUCAUAUAAGUUUUUUGGUUUGAUGGUAGUGAUUCAGAUUGUGGUUUUCUGGUUGUGACAUUUAACCUAGUCUUGUAGGCAAAAGCAACAGAAUGCUAGGAAUCGUGGGGAAGUGUACAUCGGAUAAACCCUCUGGACCUGGUUCAUGGAUACCGUCACUUCUCACUGGAGAAGUCAGGUGCUGCAGAACACAGCAUUUACCUGAGUCAAUGAGUCCUGCUCUUCAAUAUCAGAAUCCUGCCCCACCCCACCAAAAAUAAAGGUACAGGGGCCAGCUCAAAGGGAAAGCAAUGGAGAUUGAUCUGUACAGUAACAGCAUGAAGGGGAAUAGGUUCUGUCUGCACAGGUUACUGAAGCCUCAUAUCCAGUUUCUGAAGGAUAGGAGAAGAGGUUUCUCCCUUGAGAUGAUGAGACUCCCCACCCAGGCCCUUGGAGGACAGCAAUUUUUCUCUUGUCAUUUCCCUCCAGCUGUGAUGAACAUUUUUGGCUCCUGAAAAGGCCGAUUUCCUGCCCAGUGUUCCUACUGACCCAGACUAAACUCCAUAUCCCACCCCCUUGCAUGGAUCUGAGUGACCAUAUUCCGUGCAACCUGUCUGUAAUACCCAUUUGACUCCUCUUGCUAUAUACUUCAAGCCUAAAGAUGGAGGCGGUGUAUUCCCCUGAAAUGUUGGUAACUGCCUGCAGGAAUACACAGUAUCACAGCCCAUAAGACCACAAUCUUAAUGCUGUUAGGUAAUAGUUUGACUUGAAUGAGGCAAUUACACACAUGGAAAAACACAUUCUUAGUCUACAGAUUGCAAUGUUCUGUUUGCCCACUGCACACCUAAUAAUAAUACUGCAGAAUAAAGAAAUGAAAUUCUCUGGUUUCAGCAUUAUCAACGGCUUUGUGCUACCGCUGAAGGCAGAACACAAGCAAUUCCUCCUAAAGGUUCUGCUUCCAAUGCACAAAGUUAAAUGUUUGUCAUCGUUCCAUGCACAGCUGGCAUACUGUGUGGUUCAAUUCCUUGAAAAGGAUGUCACGCUAACUGAACCUGUUGUUAAAGGGCUACUCAGGUUCUGGCCUAAAACAUGCAGUGAAAAAGAGGUGAUGUUCCUUGAGGAGACUGAAGAAAUUUUAGACGUAAUUGAACCAUCACAGUUCGCCAAAAUUCAGGAACCCUUGUUCAGGCAAAUUUCAAGAUGUGCCUCUAGUCCUCACCUUCAGGUGGCUCAAUAUGCACUGUACUUCUGGAAUAAUGAUCACAUAAUGAGCCUAAUUGAGGAAAACAUCCAUGUGAUCAUGCCAACAACGGUCCCAGCUUUGUGCCACAUCAGCAAAGAGCACUGGAACCAAACAAUUGUGGCUCUUGUGCACAAUGUGCUGAAAAUUUUCAUGCAGAUGAACAGCAAGCUUUUCUAUGAGCUCACAGCAUCUCACAAGGCUGAGAGACAAAUGUAAGUAGCCAUAUUAUGAAAACUGUAUAGCAUAUUUGUUGUCAAGAGAGAUGAUUAAUAUGCUGUGUUGCUUGUUUGUAGUGGUUCUGUUCUCCAUGGGUUAGGGAAAUUAAUUAGGUCUGUCCCUGCCAGUCAUUCCGAAUAGGUUGAACUUAGAUCUCUCACAUGUUCAGUUUAUAAGAAUUGUUCAUCUUCUUACUGUGGCUUUACGGCCCCUUAAUUUACUCUUAGCCUCCCUUAGAAAUACGUUCCAUUAUUUUCUGUCUCGAUUUUUUGGUUUCCUUAUUUUUAUAACUCAGGGUUUUUUGUCAUCUAACCCUCUCAGUUUGAAUCUUCUAACUCUUCAUCUUCUGCCUGGUUUAAUGUUGAGUAUCAUGUUUAGUGUGAGUAAUUCCAUUCUGAUAACAUCCCAGCCAUUCUGAUGUUCUAAUUCCGAUUUCACUUGCAAUAUCUCUUGACUUAUAUCAAUUUUAUAGUUCUAGGAACUUGUUAUUCUCCACGCUCCUUCUUCACGUCUUUGUCCGUAAAUUUUCCUUAAAAUCUUGCGUUCUCAUGCCAUCAGAGAGAAUGCCAUUUUCCCUGAGCUUGUCCAAGUUUCACUGCCACAAAGUGUAAUUGGUCUUAUGACAGUUUCAUAUGUUCUCAUUUCCAUGCUCGCUCUUAUGUACCUCUUACUGAGCAUGUUACUCAAGGCCUGAAAGCACCGGUUGGCACUUCUAAUUUUGUCUUUUAUAUCAUAUUCUAUUUCAUUUUGAGAAGUAAUUACUUAGUCUAUAUGUUCAAAUGUAGCCUAAUUUCAAAGAUUUCUCGUGUAUUUCAGUAUCACAAUCGGCUAAAUUUACAGUUUCCUUAGUUUUCAUAUGUUUAGUUUUGUCAGUGUCAAUUACUAACCGUUAAAUUCUGCA